AUGUACGCUUCCAGCAUCUUCACCAUCUUGGCCGCUGCCAUCGCCAGCGUGUCUGCUGUUCCCACUCCUACUGAGGGCAACAUGCUUCCUUCCCGUACUUUCCUCACUGGUGUGACCCAUUCCGUCGUUGUUGGACGCGGUGGACUUCACUUCGACCCUGAGAAUGUUGUUGCUCAGAUCGGUGACACCAUUGAGUGGCACUUCACUGCUGCCAACCACUCCCUGGUUCAGUCCGACUUUGCUCAUCCUUGCAACCCCCUUGCUGAUGGCACUGGCUUCUUUGCUGGCUUCAACUUUGUCACUGCCGAGGGCCAGAACCCCAACGUCUACCAGAUCACCGUCGUCGACAACUCUCCCAUCUGGUACUACUGCCCUCAGCCCAAAGGCGAGCACUGCGUGAACGGAAUGUUGGGGGUCGUCAACCAAAAUUUUGACGGGGAUAAGACUCUUUCGAACCAGAAGAACAUUGCGAAGUCAGCCACGUUGGUAAUUCCUCCCACGAUCCAAGGUGGCAAGGUUGGCGGCUUCCAGAGGGCCAACCCCAACCCCCUGAGCGGUUUCUAA